GAUGCAGAUGCCCAGGAAUACGGGAACGAUGGAUUCCCGAGCAGCCAAGCCGGGGAGAACCCUUCUGGAACAGGCGUCCAAGAUACAGUUCAGCGUCAUGCUCUUAUAUAUGACCAUGAGUUUGAUCCGAAUUGCCUUGACUGUCAACGACGGACCUUUGAGCUCCUUGGGUUUCCAUCAUACGCACAACAAGGAGCCGCUCCAUCCCAUUUUGCGAACCCUGGCCAGCAGUUUGCCGAAUAUCCCUCCAUGACCAUGGCAGAAGAUACCAUGUUUCAAUCUUUGUCCGACUUCGAACCUUACUUGUUACAUCCGCAAGAUGAAGAGCAACUCCAAUUUGAGCAGCAGCACCAGCAUCAGCAGCUGGAUUUCUCUUCCGCCGUUAUCCCCCCUGAGUUUGCGGCGCCUUUUGAUGCCCAGUAUCACCAACAAGACGAAGCAGUCGAGCCUCCGCGCUUCCACUACGAUCCUCCUUCCGCCGAGUCCUCUGAGCUGUCGGGCUUUAACUUCAACACGCUGCCCUAUCGUCCCGCCCAGCAGUCCAUCGCAGGCGACACCUGGAUGCCGCGCCAUGAUAGUAUGCCCUUUACCUCUGCGACACCCGAGACCAUUAAGUAUGAGCUUGACGCCGCCGCCGGCAUCCCAAUCAUCUUGACCCAGCCCACGGAUAGCAUGACAACAGCCCCUCAGACUCAAGUCCCCUCCAUGCUGGAGCCCUCUGCGGCUAGAAGCUUGGCUCCUCCUUCACGGACCUCCUCCCAUGCUUCCCCUCGUGCACCACCACGCAGACUGCUGCCGGCGGUCAGUUCGCGCCGCCCGGUGCACAGACAGCCCGAAGUUCGUGCGCGGCGGUCUCCUGUGAUUCAGAUGUCCCCCCAAGCAGCAGCUGAAAGGGCUGCCAAGGACAGGUUCCUCAUACAGUCUCGUCGCGAGGGAAUCUCGUACAAGGACAUUAAGCGCCUUGGAAACUUUACGGAAGCAGAGUCGACCCUCCGAGGACGGCACCGAACUCUGACCAAAGCGAAGAAGGACAGGCAGCGGGACCCAAAGUGGACAGAUCUGGAUGACCAUCUGCUGAAAGAAGCAGUGCGGCUGCUGGCUCACGGUCAACAUCCGGAUAGAGCCAAACUGUCUUGGAUGGCUGUAUCCGUGUACAUCAAGGAGCACGGUGGGUAUGAAUUCGGGUAUUCUACCUGCCACAAGAGGUGGGUGCGCCUUGAGUCCACCGGACAAUUGGGCGACACCAGCUAUGACGAUAGCUGGGAGGACGACGAAGACGAUGACGAGGACGACGAAGAGGAAGAGAGCGAGGAGGAAAACGACCAUACUGAUGAAGGGUACGGCGAGAGUCAAGUUGACGAGCUUGAGCAAGACCAUGGCUCGGAUGAAGUGGAUGAGGACGACGACGAGGACGACGACGACGUGUUUGAGGAAUGA